GCGUUAAUCUUAUGUCCGGCAAUCAUGGCCAAAUCUUCUAGAUAUCCUUUAUUUUUCACUCAGUCGUACUCAUUCCUCCGUUCUAGAGCGUUAUCUCCGAUCAAUGACAAUUCGGCCGGUUCCACUGUCAAAUACUUAAAGGAUUCAUAAGACUCUCGAAGAUGGCAGUAUCACUCAAUUCUGAACAGAACAAAGCAAACGUUUCUCCGUUUCUAUUUGAUACCAUCUCCUCUAAUUACAAUGCCAACUUUCAACCCUUUGACCGACAUUCCGGACCUUAGCGGAAAAGUCUGCUUGGUGACAGGAGCCAACUCGGGGUUGGGAGAAGCAACGGUGGUCGCAUUGGCCGCGCAUCGCCCAGCAAAAGUCUACCUCGCCGCUCGCAGUCGCCGAAAGGCUGAAGAUGCACUGGAGCGCAUCAGGGCUACUUCAACCGCAGCUUCGGAAACCGACAUCUCCAUUCUAGAUCUUGACUUAGCGUCGUUCGACUCCGUCAAAGCAGCUGCGGCCCGCGUCAACAAAGAAGUCGAUCGUCUAGAUAUCCUUCAGCUUAACGGUGGGAUCGCCAUGCUUCCACACGACACCACCAAGGACGGAUUUGAACUUCAAUUUGGCACAAACUAUCUGGGUCAUGCCCUGCUCACGCAGCUGUUGAUGCCAACCCUCUUAGCCACAGCUCGACUCCCCGGUGCUGACGUAAGGAUUGUAUCGAUGUCCUCCGUAGGACACAAGACUUUCGCCAGCAAAGAGGGAAUACACUUUGACCAGCUUCAAAGCCCUAUGGAGUCUCAUAACGGCCCCGGUCUAUAUGCCCAGGCCAUGCUUGCUAAAGUCCUUUUCGGCCGUCAGCUAGCCCGCCGAUACCCUCAAAUCACAUCGUCGUCUUUGCAUCCUGGAACCGUCAAUUCUAAUGUCUGGGGUGGUGAGAAGAAUACGAAUUUCUAUGUCAAGUUCCUCUUCGCGGUUAUUGUUCCUCUAACUGGGGUUUCGAAUGAGGAAGGAGCCAAGACGCAGCUGUGGUGCAGCUUCAGCCAGGAUGUGGAGAACGGGGCGUAUUACGAGCCCGUUGGAAAAGCGGGGCAAGACAGUCCGCUCUCUCGUGAUCCUGAAUUGGCCGAGAAAUUAUGGGAUUGGACGGAGAAGACGUUAAAGGCGCAUGGUGCACCAGGGUGGCCGUCAUCCUAGGUUUUGGCUGGGAUCUAUUUGUGUGGUUGUUUUGGGACACAUUGC